UUUUUUUGUUAAUGUCGAUGUCGAUUGCCAAAAAGGGGCUUCGAAAGCAUAUUAAACAAGGUCUAAAAAACAUAUCGCAAGAGUCAUUACUGCUCCAAAGCAGAUACAUCCAUGAUAAGUUAAUCCAACAUGAAAAGUUUCAAAAUGCCAAAUCAAUUGCAUUAUAUAUGAACAUGCCCGAUCUGGAGGUGAGGACUAUGGAAAUGAUCAAGACUUCUUUCCAACUAGGCAAGUCAGUGUAUUUGCCUCGAUGCAAUUAUACCGAGAAAGAAGGAAGAAAGAAGAACUUUCUAUCUAUGUUGAAUGUGAAUUCUUUCCAGGAUGUCCAAAAUCUUCGACCUCAAGGAAAGUACAAAUUAUUGGAACCAGUUGAUGGCGAAGAUGCCAUGGAACUGGGAAGUCUUGAUAUAAUUAUUGUUCCUGGUGUUGCAUUUACUAAAACCAAGAAGCGGAUGGGUCACGGGGCAGGGUUCUACGACGAGUUCUUAAAUUACUAUUACAAGAAACACAAUAGGAAACCAUAUCUUAUUGGUGUAGCUUUAGAAGAACAAUUAAUUGAAGAUUUACCUACCGAAGAGCAUGAUUGGAAUCUAGAUAGUCUAAUUGUGGCCAAUCAUGACAUAAUUUAUUAAGUUCUAUAGAUUAAUGUACAUAUAUUCCUACAAUGCAGUUCUCUAGCAUUCUAUCUGCAUUCACCCAACUAUGAUACUUGUUGAACAAUGCAGUGCCAUCUCUCCCUGCGCACUUCAUAAUUUCAUCAACUCCACCAGGAUGGAAAUUAAUAUACGGAGUUAUAUUAAACACUUUGCCAUUUAUGCAUGUCCAACAAUCUUGCUCUGACUUGUGUUUCUUUAACUCUUCUUUGGUGAUUUUGACGAACUGGGCUGGGGGAGUAGUGGGGUCAACUCCUCGUAGUUUAUAUUUCGGUUGUGUUCUAUUCAACUGGGCCCAGUCAAGAGGUGAAUAGCCUGGCUUCAAUGCCACUUUGUGCCGAGGUCCACUUAAGGACGAAGAUGCUCGUUGUGCUGAGUUUGGUGCAGGGAAUAGUCCUCGGUUGGCACCUCCUGAUGGUGGCGUUCGUAUGGGGCCAGAUACCGGUGGUUUUAAAUUAGAACUUUUCAUGCCGAGCCCUUGGCUACUUCCCUGUAUUUUAGCUGUUAGUUGCUCAAGUUUUGAUCUGGUAUCUUGAUUAACCUGGCUCAUAGUAGUUGACUAAUACGAUUACUGUUAAU